GAAACCAUGCUCGUGACGAGAAGAGCCUUAUGAGUCGACCUGAACGUACAAUAUUUAUUGUAACCAUCCAAAAAUGAAUUAUGAGCCCGUCCGCGUUGUGCUUCCCUCCAUCUCCGUUCCUCUCCCAACAACCGAGUUCCGCGCCCCCCUUCUCCCCCCAAACCACUGACGUGCGUUAAAACACAUCGAGAAUGCUGAGAAAAAAUACUGUUGGAGUUUCGUUAAUAGUCGCGCAAAGUUACGAGAAUAUUUCAACUUGAGAGGAAAAGGGCUUCAAGAGUACAACGAAAAUAACGGAAUUCAAACGCAACGACAAUUUUUCAGGUUAUGUAAUUUGGAAAUAUUUUCGUAAAGCUUAACGUAGAACGUUCGACGGAUCAAAAAAUUGUGAAAAAUUUACAAAGCAAUCUGAUGACGAUUUUAUACUCUGUUUUCGAAAUAUUUCUGGUUUUUAUGAAUAGCUACCGUCCAAACAAACAGGUGAGACGAACGAAAUGCUAAUCCGUGUUGGAUUUUGGUUAGGUCUGUUCACCGGUGCAUGUGGGCCCGCAAUAAAUUUAUUUUCACCAACCAAGAAUAGUCUUCAGUCUUUUAUAACGUCAUCAUUUUUUUCAUUUUGAAAAUAUUCGUUUAAUUUCAAAGACUCACGUCCUUGGUUUUCAGCAUUUUAAUCGGCGUCAAAAUUCAUUUGGAAAUGAAAAUAUUUUGAGUAGUUUGAAAAAAAAAUAGAAUCGCCUCCUGAGCAGUACCGUUUGAAAUUUUUUUCCAUAAAACUCGAUUUGAAUACCGGUCGAUCGAGACUCGUUAUCGUUCGUUUUGUUUGGUUUUUUCUGAAUAUUGUUGCGCAAUAUUUCUCGUUCGCCUCGCAACAAGUUUGUCCUUCCUCAUGGAGGAUUUGACGGGACUGGUUUUGAGGGCGAUAAGGGGAAAGUGUUUUGAUCUCCGGCGCUGCACCGCGACCGAGACUCGAUCGUCGGUAUUUUUUAGUCGAAAUCAUGGAACGUUUGAGUGAACACGACAAGGCGGUGCUCGAUGUGAUCUUUGAUCCUCUCAAAUUAAUGGGAUCGAGCUUUACCUCCCAGCAAGACCAAGUGGACUCUUCAAGCUUCAAAGAUAUCGAAUUACCCGUCGAGGUUGCCAAUAUCCUCGACUGCGCCAUCGAAGCCUCGAAAAAUCAACGGUUCGAGGAAUCUCUUCGUUUCUUCGACGAAGCUAAGACCAAAGUACCUCAAUCAGCUGCGAUACUCAACGACAGAGCCCAAGCUCUUCGUCUUCUUGGACGUGACGAUGAGGCGCUGGAGGAUCUCAAUUUGUCAUUGGGAUUGAGCAAAGGCUGUGGCAAGCCAGGAAUUCAGGCGCUCUGUCAGCGUGGAAUUCUUCAUCGAUGCGCGGGUCGUUUGGACGAGGCGAGACAAGAUUUCGAGACCGCAGCGCGAGCUGGUUCGAGUUUCGCUCGGACUCAACUCGUUAAUCUCAAUCCUUAUGCCGCCAUGUGCAACGCGAUGCUACGUGACAUAAACGCGAAGUCGGCAACGCCGAUGAAUUGAAAUUUUCUAGAUUACCGAACAUCGGAGUUCCAGAAAAAUUAAUCCUAAUUUUCACACUGUACAGUUAAAUAGCUCUUAAUAUUGCAUGCGAAUGGAAAGUAGCAGUUCGACUGAAAUCCAAAAAAUUGUUCGUAAACUCGAAAAAAUAUUUGAAAAUGUCUAGAAUGUACUUUUCGAAUAAACUAGCAUUUUACAAUCGUUACAAAA